AAGGACACGUGUCAGUGAAACCCACAACACCAAAGUAUCUCCUGCACAACAUAUGCGCUCAUGCUAAAAGACACCUACACGGUAAUAUCACAGCUAUUUUCUUCGCCGCCAGAAUCCAAGUUAAUCAGAAUCCAAGAUGAGCAUCAGUGACUUCCUUAGUGCUUCGGAUAUUGCUGCCGCACUCCAAGAUUGUCAAGCUCCAGAUAGUUUCAACCACAGAAAGUUCUUCCAGCUUACUGGGAUGUGUAAAAAGAGCAGCAGUCAAAUCAAGGGCAUCUUCCAAAUCUUAGACCGCGAUCAAAAUGGAUAUAUCGAAGAAGACGAGAUAAAAUACUUCCUCAAGAGGUUUGAACCGGAGGCUCGCUUCUUAACAGCGACAGAAAUUGAAAAAUUUCUAACGGCAGGAGAUCAUGAUGGAGAUGGGAAAGUUGGGGCUGAAGAAUUCGGGGAGAUGGUACAGUCCUAAAGGACCAGAAGUCGCUUGCGUGAUGGAAGAAGUUCUGCUGCCCCGAAAGAGUUAUCUUGAAACUUUCAAACCCAAGGAUCUUUUGUUAUGCUUUGCCUGCUAUUCAGUGGUGUGCUACUACAGGUAGUCCUCAAGAUACGACCAUCAUGGAGCCUGCCCAUUACGGUUGUGACAGUUGUUAGUUGAAGCUGAGCCCAUAUCUCUGUUCUUCCCCAAUUAAUCAUUAAACAAAUACAUGAGUCACUAAGUGGAGCAUGGGAUGCUUCAGAGUGGGGGAAGCCCUUGGAGGCUGAGCAUAGACCCUGGCCUGGUCCUCCCAAGGCCU